UUGUCGAAUACACAGCCAUCUUGGAUCUGCGAAGAGAAGAGAAAUUAAUGCGGUGACAAACAGCAUGUUUAGUGCUACGAGAAAGAAGUUUGUAGAGGGGGUCGAAAGUGACUACCCUGAUGAAAGCAUGUACUACGGCCAGCCAUCGAUGUUCCAACAUCGAUCAGAGAAAGACAUGCUGGCAUCUCCUUCUCCAUCAUCAUCAGGUCAAUUGUCGCAGCUUGGCGCAAGUUUAUACGGGCCACAGAGUGCACUGGGCUUCCCAAUGAGGGGUAUGAGCAACAAUAACCCGCAGUUGAAUCGCAGUUUAACACAGGGCACGCAGCUACCGAGCCACGUCACACCCACCACUGGUGUCCCCACAAUGUCCCUCCAUACUCCACCCUCGCCAAGCAGGGGGAUCCUGCCCAUGAAUACGAGGAACAUGAUGAACCACUCACAGGUGGGCCAGGGCAUGGGCAUGACUGGCAGGACCAACAGCAUGGGCAGCUCGGGUCUGGGCAGCCCAAACAGAAGCUCACCAAGCAUCAUCUGUAUGCCAAAGCAGCAGCAGUCUCGGCAGCCCCUCACCAUCAACAGUAUGUCAGGAUUUGGUAUGAACAGGACGCCAGCUUUUGGGAUGAGCAGCUCAUUAUCAAACAACAUCUUUAAUGGGACAGAUGGCAGUGAAAAUGUGACAGGGUUGGAUCUAUCUGACUUCCCAGCUUUAGCAGACAGGAGUCGAAGGGAAGGAAGUGGCAACCCGACUCCACUCCUAAACCCACUGGCUGGGAGGGCUCCUUAUGUUGGAAUGGUCACAAAACCAUCAAAUGAACAGUCCCAAGAUUUUUCCAUUCACAAUGAGGACUUCCCUGCGCUGCCUGGGCCUAACUACAAAGACCCUACUUCAAGCAACGACGACAGCAAAUCAAAUUUAAACUCAUCUGGCAAAAACGCAUCAAACACAGACGGGCCGAAGUUCCCUGGAGACAAGAGCUCAACGGCGCAAAACAACAACCAGCAGAAGAAAGGGAUCCAGGUGUUACCUGAUGGUCGGGUGACAAACAUUCCCUCGGGGAUGGUAACAGACCAGUUUGGGAUGAUUGGGUUGCUAACAUUCAUCAGGGCGGCAGAGACAGACCCAGGUAUGGUCCACUUGGCACUUGGCAGUGACCUGACGACACUAGGACUCAACUUGAACUCCCCGGAAAAUCUCUACCCCAAGUUUGCAUCUCCCUGGGCAUCAGCACCGUGCCGGCCUCAGGAUAUUGACUUCCAUGUUCCAUCCGAGUAUUUAACCAACAUCCACAUAAGGGACAAGCUUGCUGCAAUAAAACUGUCACGGUACGGAGAGGAUCUACUAUUCUACCUGUACUACAUGAAUGGAGGAGACCUCCUACAGCUCCUAGCAGCGGUAGAGCUUUUCAACCGGGACUGGAGGUACCAUAAGGAGGAGCGGGUGUGGAUCACACGAGCACCAGGCAUGGAACCCACAUUAAAGACCAACACCUACGAGAGAGGGACAUACUAUUUCUUUGAUUGUCUUAACUGGAGGAAGGUAGCCAAGGAGUUCCACCUGGAAUACGACAAGCUAGAAGAAAGGCCUCAUGUGCCAUCCACCUUCAACUACAACCCAGCUCAGCAAGCCUUCUGAGACAUGUCCCCGUUCAUGGGGUAUGGCUGUCUUGGCACGACACUCACUGAAAUUGUAGAGGCCAGUGUGGCUCAGGCAUCCUGGUUUUUAUUCCUCAAGAAUCUGGCAAAUUGACUCAGGCCGGAGUCCCACUGCCACUUUGGGGUGGGUUCCUGCCUCGCGAAUUAUGUGCUGCCCUACACACAAAUGCUUGUUUCUUUUUGUUUUGUUUUGUUUUGUUUGUUUUAGCAGUCUGACCUUUUGUUUAUGCCUCCUCUCAGACCACACAUUGAGUUGUAAGGCAGGAUGAUGGACAGACACAUACAAACACACUGACCGUAACAGAACAAGGUUUAGCCUUCAUUUUCUGAAGUGUUCACAACCAACAAAUGGAAAUAAAACUCCGCUAUGAUUUAGAAUAGCAUUGUGGGACAAUGACAGACAAAAAAGGCCAGGAGAGAUACAAUGUUCAUUGUAGCACUAUUUUGUAAUAAAAGACCACAAAAAUUGUCCUGUGCUUUCUUAAUGUGAAUACACUCUCCAUUUCCUUUGAACUCUUGAACAGCUUAUUGAACCCAUUUGCCUUUUAACUUCCCUCAGAACUCUCCCUCCACCCAACUCAACACUCCUAUUGUUUAUCACUUUGCCGUCAUCUCCAGUACUUGCCAUCAUUGGUCACUUUCUGCUAAGGUUUAAUAACACAACCAAUCAGAGACUGUUUUAGUGAGCAUUAUUGCCACAAACGUGUGGCUCAUCCAGGGUUUUUCAAGAUUCACUGAGCUUUUUCGUUUUGCAACGAAUGAACAACAGAAACACUGUCCAGUCUUUGUUACAAUUUUGUAAUAAUGUGUACAUUUUUUU